UAAUAAAAGGCCGUCAUCGCAUCCCUGCGCAAGUUAGGGUUCGUCAGACGCUUAGUCAUUAGCCUGCGCUGUUCAUCUCUUUUCUGCUUCUUCCGCCAUUAAUAUAUCUUCAGAGACUCUACAAAAUGGGAAUAUGGGUCGAUUUCUGUAAUUCUGGAUUAAGUUUUCUUGUUGAUUUAAUUAUUGAAAUAUGGGACACAGGGUCUUAUAUCUUACCCCGAGUUUGAUACGAGGAAAAGAAGCAAUGUCUGAAGAGGACAGGCAACUGAUAGAGGCCUAUGAUGAUCAUUCAGAACAGAGAUCCUUGUCAUUGGAUGAUACAAGCAGCACAGAGGAAUCACCCGGAGAAACCAGGCUGUUACUAGAAAAUCCCAACGAUGCAAUUCCAUACAUUGGCCAAAGAUUUGCAACUCAUGAUGCUGCAUAUGAGUUCUAUAGUGAGUUUGCAAAGCGUUGUGGUUUCUCAAUCCGUCGCCAUCGAACGGAGGGAAAAGAUGGGGUUGGCAAGGGGCUUACAAGACGAUAUUUUGUCUGCCAUCGAGCUGGCAACACGCCAGUGAAGGCUUCAAAUGAGAGUAAGCUUCAAAGAAACCGUAAGUCAUCAAGAUGUGGGUGCCAAGCUUAUUUGCGGAUCAGCAAGACCAUGGACUUGGGGGUCCUUGAAUGGCGUGUUACAGGCUUCACAAAUCACCACAAUCAUGAGCUCUUGGAGCCAAACCAAGUCCGUUUUUUACCUGCAUAUCGUACCAUAUCAGAUGCUGACAAGGACCGUAUAUUUUUGUUUGCCAAAACUGGCAUCUCUGUGCAGCAAAUGAUGAGGCUUAUGGAGCUUGAGAAGUGUGUGGAGCCUGGGUACUUGCCAUUCACUGAGAAGGAUGUGAGGAACCUACUUCAGUCAUUUAGAAAAGUCGAUCAGGAAGAUGGAAGCAUUGACCUCUUAAGAAUGUGCAAAAAUAUUAAGGACAAGGACCCCAACUUCAGCUAUGAUUAUACCAUUGAUGCAAACAACAGGUUAGAGAACAUUGCUUGGUCCUAUGCUUCAUCCACCCAGUCAUAUGAUAUCUUUGGUGAUGCGGUGGUGUUCGAUACAACCCAUCGCUUGACUGCCUUUGACAUGCCACUUGGGAUCUGGGUUGGCAUGAAUAACUAUGGCAUGCCUUGCUUCUUCGGCUGCGGGCUCUUGCGAGAGGAAAACAUGCGGUCCUUCUCAUGGGCAUUGAAGGCAUUUUUAGGGUUCAUGAAUGGAAAGGCUCCACAAACGAUCCUGACUGACCAAAAUAUGUGUCUCAAAGAAGCAAUAGCAAUUGAAAUGCCAAAUUCUAAACAUGCACUUUGCAUUUGGCUUAUUGUGGCAAAGUUUCCAUCUUGGUUCAAUGCUGUUCUUGGAGAAAGAUACAAUGAGUGGAAGAAUGAGUUCUAUCGGCUUUAUAAUCUGGAGACAAUAGAGGAAUUUGAAUUGGGGUGGAGAGACAUGGUCAAUACCUUUGGGUUACACACAAAUAGGCACAUUACUAAUUUGUUUGCUUUACGAACACUUUGGGCUCUACCCUACUUGAGAAGCCAUUUCUUUGCGGGAAUGACUGCAGCCAACCAGUCGAAGUCUAUCAAUGCCUUUAUCCAACGGUUCUUAAGUGCACAAAGUCGGGUAGCACACUUUGUGGAACAAGUGGCUGUCGCUAUUGACUUCAAAGACCAAGCAGGUGAACAACAAACAAUGCAGCAGAAUCUUCAGAACAUUUGCCUGAAAACAGGAGCCCCCAUGGAAUCACAUGCAGCUACUGUACUUACACCAUAUGCUUUCUGUAAGCUCCAGGAACAACUUGUCUUGGCUGCACACUAUGCUUCCUUUCAAAUGGAUGAUAAUUGUUUCCUUGUGAGACACCAUACAAAGUUAGAGGGAGGACGCAAGGUAAUUUGGGUUCCACAGGAAGGCAUCAUAACUUGUAGCUGCCAUCAGUUUGAGUUCUCAGGGAUCCUGUGCCGGCAUGCCCUUCGGGUCCUCUCAACAGGAAACUGUUUCCAGAUCCCAGAGCAGUAUUUACCCCUUCGGUGGCGUCGGAUCAACACAUCACCGACAAAACUUCUCCAGAUUACUCCAAAUGAUCAUGCAGAACGCGUCCAGGCCUUGCAGUCUAUGGUAUCAACUCUCGUCACAGAAUCUACCAAGACAAAGGAACGGUUGGAUCUUGCAACUGAGCAAGUUUCCAUCCUUCUGUCUCGCAUAAAGGAGCAGCCAUUUUCGACACAAGUGACAAGAGUUAGUUUAUUGUAAAUGGUGGUAGUUAGGGAGGGAGCUAAUCAAUGAUCAUCCAGUAAUUGCUGGAUAAUACUAUCCAUUUUACAUGCAAUCAUAAUUACACAUAUAACU